AUGUCUCAGGACCGAUAUCGGGAAGUCUCAUACCUAUACACUCCGCUUUCCAUCCCUCUCCGAGUUAUACAUGCGGUCGCUACAGGGCAGGAAACCGAGCAACGAGGGCUUGAAGAACUCGUUGACGAGCAGGCAGACGCGACCGGUCUGGUUGACACGCUCCUCGAUAAAAUCAGGAAGAGCCAGGAACUCACCCUCAAUGACGAAAAUCUGAUGCAACAGGUGCUUGAAAAUCAGAAACAGAUUGAGGAAAAGGCGAAGCAGUUAAUCGAAGACAUGAAAAAGACUGCGGAGAAAUGGAACAGAAUCAACUCUUCGACGCUGAGACGAUCGAGAAAUAUCAAGAAACUGCAAGAUCUGAUGGAGAAAGCACUUUCUGAAGAACAUAAGGAGCUUUACGGAAUUAUCAGAGGCACUCGCGAAACAGGAAGUAGAUGA